AUGAAAGAAGCCACCUCUCCUUCGACAGAGAGUUCUAUAUCUACCCCAUCGUCACCAGCAUCUGAAGCAACAAUUACACACACAUCCUCACCGGCAUCCUCUUCAACAACAGUUACUGCUGCUCCUUCGCCAGCUUUGACAUCAACAACUCUUGCUCCUUCACCUUCAACAACAGUCAACAUUCCUUCCCCAUCUGCAACGGAAGACAUUCCAACAACAACAACAACAACAACAACAAUGUACGAGUACGAAAGCAUCAUGACCUUUGACCAGCCCAUGAUUAUGGGCUACGACCCCUCUGGCUCUUCCUCGUCGUACACCACCCCCUCAUCUGCUUCUGGAGCCGUGGUCAAGAAGAAGAAGAGCAUCAAGUCUGAGACUUCGAUUGACCUCCGCGGCCCAAUGGAAGUCGAUGGCUCAGUCAAGUCAAUGGCGAGCAUCAAGUUUGACGGGGACUUUGCCGUCAGGGAUAGAGUGGAGGCUUAUGGGGAUGUGGGUGUUCACGGCACACUCAAUUGCAGCUCACGAAUGAAGUCAAUGGGUAAUGUGAAAAUCAACGGAAACGCCACAUUCGGGGACAAGGUCAAGAUCUUUGGGAAGCUGAAGAUCAACGGGAGUCUGGAAGUCAAUGGUGACUUGGAGGUGUGGGGGGCGUUGACGGUGAACGGAUAUCUGAAGUGCAGGAACUUGACGGUUCAUGCCUCCCUCACAACGGUGGAUAGCUCGUGGUAUGAGGCGGAGAGCGAGACGGUUCAUGGGGCGAAGUUGGUGCACAGGAGUGGUUAUGUUGGUUGA